AUGGGGUGGUCAUCUGACCUCGAAUUCUCCUCUCCACCAAAGGCGGCAGUCCGCGGUCAACAGUCCAUCGACGCUCUGCUGGAGACCGCACUCACCGACCGUGUAGAGUCGAAGAAGUUGUACAAGACUUUGUCAUUCGCUUCCGUGGGCGCGCCAGGCACGCAGGUGAUGCGCGAGCUGUGGAUCUCGCGUUUCAAUGCCUUUCGCACGCAUACUCUCGGUCAUGACCUCAAGAAACCAUUUACGGGCGAAGACCUCUUUCGUUUCUUCGGUUCCGUUGUCAAGCACCUCAAGGGAAGAGGUUACAACACCAAGUUGCCCAAUUUGCGCACCCUCGAGAACGGCAUCAAGGUUCUGACAUAUUACGGCACCUACACAUACUCUACCAAGGACGGGUACGAGUUCACGAAACAGCAUCAGGCACGGAUCAAAGUACUUUGGGACGACCUGAUCAAGAGUAGCCAAGCGAUCAAAGGCAGAUCCAGGAAGCAAUCUUGGCUGGGCUAUCGAACUUUGGAGCACAUGAUCCGGACCUUUAUCGAGGAUGCUACGAGCAAUGGGACAUACAAUUGGGAUGUGACGAUCGCCAAGUGUCUGUCGGUGGUCCUUCCUGCAGCGACUGUGAGCCGUUCGGGAGACGUGGCUCGAACGAGUGCAUAUACAGGUGAAGAAUAUUUGAAGUGGGAGGACGUUCGGCUGUAUGUCGAAGAAGUCCACAACGAGUUACACGUUGGGGGAGACCGACGGAUCUCGCUCCUCAGUGUCCGAGCGGAGAUCGACAAGCACUUCGCGAAGGGGUUCAAGGACAAGGAGAACACCACGUUUACCUGGUACGGGAGAACACUUCCCGUCGACAGCCACAUGUGCCCGAUCAGCCUCCUUCUCGUACACGCCUUACGUCACGGCCUCGUACAGGGCGGGACGACGUUGGAGCAAGUGCUACGCUAUGCUGCUGCGCGUAGUGACAAACAAAUCACUUGGACACAGCCCCGAUAUCCGGUACUCGCGCAAUUCGAAAAAAUGGGCAGAGACAUCGUUCUGAAUCAACCUGCAAGGACAGACCAGCUGCUUCGAAGCAUCAAGCAGAUGGGGCGUCUGGCUGGUGUCAAAGAUCGCGUAUACAUGCAUGCUAUACGAGCUGGGGGUAUACGAGACAUGGCGCACAUCCCGAAGUCUGCCUUGGAGACGGGAGCGGCGAGCAGUGCUGGCGGCCUUUCAUUCGACUUUGCCCGAGCGGGAGCAGGACACACGAUGGAGACUGCGAACUCGGGAGUUACAGACGCGUACGUCGGAGGUAUGUCGUAUGAGGCGUGGAACAUGGUCGCGACAGUGGCGCCAAUACACAAGAAAGAGCCGCGAAUCGCAACAUCCGAGGCCAUGAAGAUCAUCAACGCACCCAUCACUCCAGCAGAGCGGGAGACAUGGAUGAUGAACAACAACUCCGCCGGCGGGAGGAAGAAUCGCGCGUACACUGACAUGCGCAUCCGUGAGGAGCGCAUGUCUGCGCCCACUGUUGAGCUCGAGCCACGAUCUGCGUAUAGUGGUAUGGGAGCCGAACGUCGUCCAGCACUCUACCCACCGCAUGCACAGCAACAGCAGAAGAAGAAGACGUCCGAGCCAGCGGGCCCGAGUCGGAAGCGUGCGCGUGAUGCCGAGGAUGAUAGUGUUGGUGUCGGAGCAGCAUCCACGGAGCGACCUGCAAAGAAGACCAAGAAGAGGAACAAAACGCGCAACGCGACAGAUGAAGACUCUUUCACGAUGAUGCUUGAUCCGGCGCUCCGCGACCAGCCUCCUGCGGCGACGAUCAUGAUGGACGCGACGCUUCAAGAUGAGCGUGAAGAGCAGCAGCAGGAGGAGGGGGAAGAGGAGGACGAAGAGCUCUCGGACGAGGCUGCUCGAGCGUUACAGGAUACCAUAUUCUCCCAGAAUGAUGGCAGCCAUGAGAACGAGCAGACGGAACCGGAAGGCGAAGAAGAGCUGAUGGACAUGCUCUGUCCCCUUCCAGCACCAACAACAACAACAACAACAACAACAACUUCUUUGCCAUCAACGAGUAACACGUUCGGCGGCCCAGACGAGUGGGUGCAGGGAUUUGCCCGGGUCAACGUCUUCUUACGUGCGACGAUGCUCGGUCGCAAGGACGCGAAUGCUGCUCAAGAUCCCACGGGACUGCCGUUGUGCAUGACGACCGGAAACUCUCGCGAUCCACCGCAGCGCUUCAUUCUUUCUUGCGAGCACUGCAACUACUCUACGACAGUCGCAAAGGACCUCGAUUCGCAUUCAAGGUCGUGCAAUGCCGCUACGGCCGAAUCUCUACAACAGCUUCACGAAUCCACAGCUCCUCUUUCCUGCCCGCAGUGUGAAUAUACCACGUACGCAGGACCGAAGGCUCGGAGCAAGCAUAUGCAGAGGGAGCACCCCGAAGAGUUUACGGAGCCGCAGCCAUGCACCAAGACUGGUUGCGACCCCAAUGUGCUGUACGAGACGCGCGAAGAUCUCGAGGCGCACAAGAAAGCCGUACAUGCCUUUCCACAAGGCUAUCCGACACCAUGCUUGCAUACCACUUGUGUCAGCAGCAGCAGCAGCGAGGGAAAUGUCGCUGCUACCUACGCCAACAUCCAGACUCUCACUAAACACAUGCGCAAGGCGCACGAGGUGGUGUUGGCAGAUCAUCCCGAGUACCUCCCACCUGACAGAGAUCAGCCAAAGGUCUUCUCUCCGGCUCCAUGCGGUAUUGACGGCUGCAACACCAAACCAAGAAAUCGCUCGAUUCUCGUCCAUCACGUAGUCUCCGUCCAUCACUAGGAGGAGGAUGCAGCUACCGCGUUCGCUGCCCAGGAUCGCUUCUAUCGCGACAAAACAUCUCAUCGGACCCGCAAGCGUAC